UCACGCUUCCUGCUUGACAUAAAUACGCUCCGGUGGAUUCUAAUAUUCAGUUCUCACUGUUAUUUUUAGAUGAGUUUAUGUUGAUUUACUGUUUUUAAAGUGAUACAGGAGGCUCCUGAGGAACCCCCACAAUGCCUUAUUUUGGCUCGGAGGAGACGGUAAAAGAGCUGAAGCGAGCUCUGUCCAAUCCAAAUGUUCACGCAGACCGUCUCCGGUACAAAAACUACAUCUCCAAAGUCAUCAGGUACAUGACACAGGGUCUGGAUGUCUCCGCUUUAUUUAUGGACAUGGUGAAAGCCAGUGCUACAGUGGAUAUUGCUCAGAAGAAGCUGGUUUAUCUGUACAUGUGCACCUAUGCCAGUGACAAGCCUGACCUGGCGCUGCUGGCCAUCAACACGCUCCGUAAGGACUGCGCUGAUCCCAAUCCCAUGGUGCGAGGGUUGGCCCUGAGGAACAUGUGCAACUUUAGGAUGCCGGGAAUGACAGAGUACAUAGAGCAGCCCAUUGUUGCUGGUCUGCGGGACAAGGCCAGUUACGUUAGGAGAGUCGCUGUGCUUGGUUGUGCCAAAAUGCACAGUCUGCAGCCCAACACAGACAUCGGUAGAGCCAAAAUGAAGGACCUGGACAGUUGGGCUCAGAGUGAGGUCCUCACCUUCCUGCUACGCUACCGUCCUCGUAGCGACGACCAGUUGUUCGACAUCCUCAGCCUACUAGACUCCUUCCUCCAAAGUGCUCACGCACAUGUCACAGUUGCCACGCUCCGCCUCUUCCUUCAGUUAGCCUCCGCCCACCCGGCUGUGCAGGCCGACGCCCUCCUGCGCACAAGUGCGCCCCUGCUGGCCACCUGCGGUGCUGCGUCACGCGAGCUUCGCUUUGCUGGCCUCUGUCACGUACAGCAGGUCAUGCGGAGUCAGCCAGGCCUUUUCGGCACACAUUACAAGCGCUUCUUUUGUGGAUACUCUGAACCGACUUACAUUAAGUUUCGCAAGAUGGAGAUCCUGGUGGAGCUGGUGAAUGAUGAAAAUGUGUCUUUGGUUUUGGAGGAGCUGAGAAGCUACUGCACUGAUGUGUCUCCUGAACUGGCCCAGGCAGCCAUUGCUGCUAUAGGUCGUAUUGCACGAACAUACAGUGAAAAGUGUCUGGAUAUCCUGACCGGACUGCUGGCAUUGAAACAGGAUCACAUCACGUCAGCCGUGAUCCAGACGUUCAGAGAUUUGGUGUGGUUCUGUCCUCAGAGCACAGCCGCUGUGUGUCAGACCGUGGAGGCCUGUGUUGACAGUCCUCAAGAUAGUGAGGGAAAGCAGGCUCUGUUAUGGCUUCUGGGAGAACAUGGUGAUCAGAUCAGUAGCGCCCCCUAUGUGAUGGAGGGCUACAUAGACGGGCUGAAGACUGAGCUGUCCUCGGCCGUGAAGAUGGAGCUGCUGACUGCCUCGGUCAAGAUGUUCCUGUGCCGCCCCGCUGAGACUCAAGACAUGCUGGGCCGUCUUUUACAUUACUGUAUUGAGGAAGAGAGCGAUGUGUGUGUGCGUGACCGGGCUUUGCUGUGCUACCGACUUCUUCAGCGGGGAGUUGAAGAGACGAGGAAGGUUGUAACCGGACCCAAAUCCGAUCCGUCCAUGAGUGUUCUCACCGGACGGCAAGAAGAGCCCAUUAGUCAGUGGACCGCUACCUUCAACACACUCGGCCCGCUGUCUGGACGCGAUUUAUGCCCUCAGACUGCUGUUAUAUCAGCCGCUGACCAGCCAUCCAGCAGCGCAGAAAAGGAGCUGUUGCCAGAAAGUACAGAUGUAACCCUCUCCAGCCCAGAUGACACAGAUGAGGAGAUCAGUCUAUCUCUGGGUUCUCCUUUAUCCCAUGAGACUUUUGAGAAAAUGUGGCUGGACUUGGAGAUUCUCCACAGGCAAACUCUGGGUUCCCCUCGACCCAGAACGGCUCCGGAUACGUUACAGGCUGCCUUACAGCUGGUGAAGAUCCAGACUCUGGCCUUCACCCCGGGAGACACUGUGCCGUGGAAGGCCUACAUUUACACCAGGAGCACUGGGACCCUGAUCCUCGCCGAACUGCUGCAGGGGGACCAGCAGGCCCCUGGCAGUGAUGAAAGCCUGGUGGUAUCUGUCAAACAGCAGCCCGUAAACCAGCAUGCCAUCAGAGGAUUUGUUUCGAUACUCAAGAGUGUGCUGCAGACUCUUAAUGUUGAUAGUUCAUGAAAUACAAAAGUCUGAACUAUUGCUUUGAGGACAAUGUACAGUGUAUUACAGUAUCUAAGCUGGAGCAGUUUCAACACAAAUAACCGAAUGGUCUUUCUAAACACAAAAACCUGUUGGAGUCUACAGACAGUUAAAUCUGUUUUUAGCACUAUAAGCUUACUCACAUGCAAAUUUAGCACAGCUAUGGUGCAAUAAACCAAAGCAUGUCUCUUUGCAGGUACGAGGAAGUUCAAGAUUGCUAUUUCAUGCAGGUUCCCCAACAGAUCUGUAUUGUAUACCUUGUAUGCUUUUCGCAGAUAAGUCGAACAAAUUAUACAUUUGUGGUAUUCUGAU